AUGGUAAUUAAGCACCUGGCUUCCAGCCAAUCGCUCUGGCACAAGCCGCAAAACCUCCAGCACGAUCUGCACGCGGAGCGGGGCUCGCUCACCGCCGCCGGACCCGGCUGCGUGCUCAGCACCGCGGCUCGAAGCCGGGCGGGCCACGCACACGUGGGCAGCAGCGCCCACUCGACGGCGGCGCUCGUAGCAGCGGAGGAGGAGAAGGCGGCGGUGGGCCCGGGCCCGGGCGGUAGCGGCGCGGGGGCCCCUCGGUACCGCCUGCUGGCCGAGAUCGGCCGCGGGGCGUACGGCGUGGUGUACGAGGCGGUGUCGGGCCGCAGCGGCGCUCGGUUGGCGGUGAAGAGGAUCCGUUGCGACGCCCCCGAGAACGUGGAGCUGGCGCUGGCCGAGUUCUGGGCGCUGACCAGCCUGAGGCGGCAGCACCCCAACGUGGUGCGCUUCGAGGAGUGCGUGCUGCAGCGGCACGGCCUGGGGCAGCGCAUGAGCCACGGCAACAAGCGCAGCCAGCUCUACCUGCGGCUGGUGGAGACCUCCCUCAAAGGUGAGAGGAUCCUGGGCUACGCGGAGGAGCCUUGCUACCUCUGGUUCGUCAUGGAGUUCUGCGAGGGGGGGGACCUCAACCAGUACGUGCUGUCACGACGGCCCGACCCUGCGACCAACAGGAGCUUCAUGCUGCAGCUCACCAGCGCCAUCGCCUUCCUGCACAAGAACCACAUUGUCCAUCGGGACCUGAAGCCGGACAACAUCCUGAUCACCGAGAAGUCCGGCACCCCGGUUCUCAAGGUGGCUGACUUUGGGCUCAGCAAGGUCUGCGCCGGUCUGACAGCUCGAGGCAAGAAGGGUGGCCACGAGAACAAAAAUGUGAAUGUGAACAAGUACUGGCUGUCUUCAGCUUGUGGCUCUGAUUUCUAUAUGGCCCCUGAGGUCUGGGAGGGGCACUACACUGCCAAGGCUGACAUCUUCGCCCUCGGCAUCAUCAUCUGGGCCAUGAUCGAGAGGCUCACCUUCAUUGAUGCUGAGACCAAGAGGGAGCUGCUGGGGACCUACAUCAAGCAGGGGACUGAGAUUGUGCCCGUUGGGGAAGCGCUGCUAGAAAACCCAAAGAUGGAGCUGCACAUCCCUCAGAAGCGCAGGACUUCCAUGUCUGAGGGGAUCAAGCAGCUCCUGAAAGACAUGUUGGCUGCUAACCCGCAGGAUCGACCUGAUGCCUUUGAGCUUGAAACCAGAAUGGACCAGGUUACAUGUGCUGCUUAAAUUCAGGGCAGGGCACUGCUGUGCUUUGCAGCUGGGAUUAUUCACCAGGGACCCAUCAUCUCCGUUACUUACGUGCAACAAGGGAUGGCGAAGAUAAGGGAAGGUGACAAUACAAAAGAUCCCCGGUCUUCAGGAUCUCUGGCAAUGUGAAAUAUUUGGCUGUUAACUUUGUUGUGUUGGUGAGCGGUGUUUUGGGGACACAGAGGGGCUGCAGGGGCACAGGCUGGGCACUUAUCGUGCUCACCAGACUAUUGAAUGAGAUCCAGAGCACAGAGCUGCCCUGCCCAGCCCUCCCCAUGCCCCCCUGCUCUGCAGCUGGACUUGAUAGGAGUUAAUAGACAGCUGUGGUCUGCUGCUAGACAGGAUUGCUGAGCCUAGCUGGGCACAGGUUGGGGUUUAAAGCUAUUGCUUCCACCUAGGAAAUGGGUUUGCAGCCAGAAUGCACAGCUUUAGAGGUAACUCUUACAGACUGUGUGUGGCAAGCAGUAAAAUGUCUUCACAGCCAGGCAGCUUCUGGAUAGGCACAUGCUGCCUGGACUAGAAGCAGCUGACUUAGGUAUAGAGUAGUGUAAGCUGGAAAGGCACUGCGGAGGCAGCACUGCCCUGUGAGGGGCAGACCCUUGUCUUCCCAAGCUGGGUGUCGCUGGUGAUGUUUGUUAAGGACACGGAGCCAACAGGGAGCCCAUAGGUACAUUUUGUCUGCAUACAAGAGAAACAGAAAACAAUCCACUACUCUGAGCCAUUUGAUGCCAAACUUCAGUUGUGAGGAGCAAUGCUUGGGAGAAGAGGUUUGGCCUCAGUGGCUCAUGGGCUGGAUUCUGGCCUCCUGUAAAACACUUCUUCCUGCUAGAUAACUAUCUCAGUAAAGCAAAAGGCUAGUUGUGGUCGCUUGGUUGCAGUCAGUACAGCUCAGGUAAGGAGACUGGAACCUCAGGCCGAGCAGUUAACACUCAAUCUCCUUGCCUGUAUUGUAGCAACACUAACACUCUGGGGCUAUGCUGGUCAUCUUUAGACUUUGCUCACUGUAAAUGCAGUGUACAGCACCACCUCUUCUCCAACCUCUGGGGCCUGCACAAGCUAAAACGCUCCCUGCUGGGCUGACACUGUCAGCACCGGUCUGGGGAGCAGCAUCACUGCCACUGCUCAGCCCCCACAGCACUGGGGCUCAGGCAGAAGAGGGUCCCUUGGACCCCACUGCCCCCCAGCUGUUGGCACUGCCCCUCUCCCAGGCAGGGUUGGACGGCCCCACUCAUGCCCAGCGUUGCCCCAAGGGCUGUGAUGAGCUGAGAGCUGACCUCUUGUGUUCACAGUACAGCAUUAGUGCCCUACACCAAACCUUUGUUCCUCCACCCAGCAUAGCUUUCGUUGCUUAUUGACUGUUACAACCCAACCCUGGCAUGAACUGGUGCAUGCAGAAGGCUGUACCCUCCCAUCCUGCUCAUGGGUUACUCUACUGGAAAGGCCCCUUGCUGGGAGAAGUGAGCUUCCAGCAGGACGUCUGCGUGCAGGAUGUGGAGGUGGGAGGUGAGCACUGGGGAGGUCCCCCCUCCCAGCCCAUCACAGGUUCAGGCCAUCUUCAAACCACACGUCUUCACCUCAGCUUUUGCAUUUCAGAUGUGUUUGUAAAGCAGCUUGAUGUUAGCGAGCUAGACCGUAGUGCCUUACUUAGGAGUUAGCAGACACUUCCAAGGACAAGCCCUAGGCUGCUAGCCUUUGGCCAACAUGGAUGUUUCCCUGUUAAUUUGCCCUUCUCAGAGCAUUUCUCCCUGAUGAUUUUGCUGCUGUUUGCGCUCGAUUUCCCAGACUGUAGAUGAAGCUGCCUUGUGUUUACAGCUCCUAGCACCUCUCCUCCAAUUGCUUUAGCCCAGACCAAACUUGUUCUCUGGAGCACGGUGGCAGCGGGGCUCAGCCCCAGGCUGCAUGUGCUGGGGGGGGCUGCAUUUGGGUGUCUCUCCCCACCUGGGUCUGUUGAGCAUCUCUUGCAGGCUGAACCCUGCAGAGGAUGUUUUUGGCAUUGGGCUGCACCGCUGGGAAUGUUCAAGCUUAGGAUAGCAACUCCAAGGCUGGGGUCAGGGCAACUCCAUCUCCUGGCUGCAGCAAAGCAUCCAGGUACUGGGGGGGUUGCUGUUGUGGGGGGAGCUGAGUGCCCUCCCACUGCCCUUAGGGCUUGUGGGGUCCAGACUGAGCCCAGCGCUGGGGGUGAUUGUAUGAAACUGUUUACUUCUGACUCUGCUGUUUACAAGAGGGAGGUGGGGUGGGGGGUGGGGGGGAACAAGCCUCAGGAGGAUUGGGAAACACGUUAUCUGCACCAACCUGCAGCAGGGCCAGCUCCCAGCGUAACAUGGGUGUGCUGGACUCCGCAGGCAGCGUCAGACUACGGAGAGGAGAGCAGAGGGGUUAGGUUAGCUCCCCCGUGCUGCCGUGUUUGAGGCUCAAUGGUGCUAGUGACAGAUAAGAGUUACCCCCGUGGUCUUCCUUUACUCCUCAGGACCCAGCUCCUUCACAUAUCAGAGGCUCCCAGAGCCUUUCUGGAGCAAUAAGAUUUAAAACAAGCAUUUACCAUCGUUGUGCAAAUCCUCCGUUGUGUGCGUCGUAUGUCUCCUCUGUAUGCAGUACCGAGGCUGGGUUUAAGCCUGCUGAAUGCCACAGGAGGAAGCCAGCGUGAGCUGCCUGCUUCCUGCUGCAGUGUGACAAUGCCACAUCCCACAGGGAUGGGGUACAGGCUCCCCCUGGAACCAGUGAGGGCAGAAGGCUUAAACCCAGACUCCAAAGUAAAGUUGAUGAUGUUAGUAAAUGAAUCUGUAUUACUUUUUUCUUUUUUUUUUUGCACAGAAGCUGGUAAUCUAGGACCUAUGUGUGAACAACUUUAUAUAAAUAUUUUUUGUACUUGGUUUACUCGGGUUGGUAUGAGACGUUCUAUUUAAGUUUUGAACACUGUGGAUACCCUGAUGUGUAUGAGUGGCAGAGGCUUUGUAAAUUAAGAGACGUUUGUGUGAAUAAAGCUGUUUGAUAGGGUUGAAAAGCCACACCAUUUGAAA